AUGGUCAGUGGUGGUCAGUGGUCGUUGUGGCCUCUAUCGAUUUCCACACAAAAACUUUACUGUUUAGUAAUAGAAAAGAACUUGAGAAAGGCAGCCAAAAGAAUGUACGAUCUGACGGGUAAGCAUGUCUGCUAUGUGGCUGACUGCGGUGGCAUUGCACUGGAGACCAGCAAGGUUCUCAUGACCAAGAAUAUAGCGAAACUGGCCAUCCUUCAGAGCGUGGAAAACCCCCCGGCCAUCGCUCAGUUACAAUCGAUUAAGCACAGCACACAGAUCUUCUUCUGGACCUUCGAUGUGACCAUGGCCCGCGAGGAGAUGAAGAAGUACUUCGAUGAGGUCAUGGUCCAGAUGGACUACAUCGAUGUGCUGAUCAAUGGGGCCACCCUGUGCGAUGAGCGGAACAUUGAUGCCACCAUCAAUACGAAUCUGACCGGCAUGAUGAACACCGUGGCCACUGUGCUGCCCUAUAUGGACCGAAAGAUGGGCGGUUCGGGUGGACUGAUUGUGAAUGUCACCUCCGUCAUAGGACUGGAUCCAUCGCCAGUCUUUUGUGCGUACAGUGCCUCAAAGUUUGGUGUGAUUGGGUUCACCCGAAGUCUAGCGGUGAGUGGGCGAGAUCUUAGCUUGAAAAUGCUCUCUAAUGUCUUUCAUUCUUUCGCAGGAUCCCCUGUAUUACACCCAAAAUGGUGUGGCUGUCAUGGCCGUCUGCUGUGGUCCCACCAAAGUGUUUGUCGAUCGGGAACUGACUGCCUUCCUGGAAUACGGCCAGUCCUUUGCCGAUCGCCUGCGUCGUGCCCCCUGCCAAUCGACGGCCGUCUGCGGCCAGAAUAUAGUAAAUGCCAUCGAGAGAUCGGAGAACGGACAGAUCUGGAUUGCCGACAAGGGCGGCCUGGAGUCGGUGGCCCUUCACUGGUAUUGGCAUAUGGCCGAUCAGUUUGUGAACUAUAUGCAGAGCACUGACGAUGAGGAUCAGGAGUUUUUUUUGGGGCAGCGAUGAGGCAUGCCUUGAUCCACG